AUGCGCCGCUACGCCGCACUUGUGCGGCGGUUGGCGCAUGUAGGUGCGUGGGAAGGCAAGCAGCUGCAGCAUCAGGACGCGCGCUACGCCGCCGCCGUCACCUUCACGGCGGCGGGCGCCGCGGCCGCCGCCCGCGCCUCCGCAUGGACCAAACCAUGCGUACGGCGCGCCUACAGCUUCGCGGCCGCGGCACCGCUGGCGCGCGGAUUUGCGCAGCUGCGGUACCUGCUGGGCCUCGGCGGCGUUGUGGUGGCGGCACAAUUCGACGACGUCACCGAUACUGUCAAGCUCGGAGCGCUGGCGGCGGUGCGGUUAGGGCGUGACGUGGCGACCGCGGCGGCGAUAGUGGCGGACUACAAGACCUCACUCGCGGCCGCGCCACCCCCUGGCCCAGCGCGCCAGGAGGUGCUCUCCGCCUGCCACCAGCGCGGCGCGGAGCGGCUGCUUGCGCUGUGCUUCAAAAAUGGCGGCAUAUACACUAAGCUUGGCCAGCACAUCGGCCAGCUAGACCAUCUGCUGCCGUCUGAGUAUGUCGACACGAUGCGCGCCAACCUGCUGGACAGGUGCCCCGUCAGCGAUUACGAAGAGGUGUCCGCCAUCAUAAAGGAGGACCUGGGGGCCACCCCAGAGCAGCUCUUCGUGCACGUUGCUGUUGGCAAGGACGGCUCCAAGCUGGCCGUGAAGGUGCAGCACGCCGGGCUCAGGGAGAGCUGCGCCGCCGACAUACACACCAUUGAGAUGCUGGUCAGGGCGGCCAGGGUGAUGUUCCCGGACUUCAACUACCAAUGGCUGGUGGAGGAGGUCAAGGAGAACCUGCCGAGGGAGCUGGACUUCCUGCACGAGGCGUCCAACGCAGAGCGCUGCAGGGCAAACUUCGCGUCCCCCAAGUCGCGGCUGGCCGGCAGGGUGCACAUCCCGGAGCUCUACCCGGCCCUCUCCAGCAGCCGCGUCCUCACCAUGGAGUACAUCGACGGCGCCCGCGUCACAGACGGCGCCGCGCUCGACCGGCUGGGCGUCAGCCGGCCCGCGCUGGCCGCGCUGGUGGCCGAGGCGUUCAAUGAGAUGGUGUUCAUCCACGGGGACGUGCACUGCGACCCCCACGCGGCAAACAUGCUGGUGCGCAAGGUGGGCAGUCGCCAGCAGCUCGUACUGCUUGACCACGGGCUGUACCGCGUGAUUGAUGACGAGUUCAGGGCGCGCUACGCGGCGCUGUGGCGCGCCCUCGUGUUUGCCGACGCGGCGGGCAUCAAGGAGCACGCGGCGGCGAUGAACGCGGGGGAGCUGUACCCGCUGUUCGCGGCGAUGCUGACUCAGCGGCCGUGGGAGCAGAUCGUUGACCGGCGCAUCGACCACCUGGCGCUGCCCAAGACCUCGGCAGACAAGCAGAUGCUGCAGGGCUACGCACAGGUGUACCUGCGGGAGAUAGGGGACCUGCUGCUGCGGAUGCCGCGGCCCCUGCUGCUGCUGCUCAAGACCAACGACUGCCUGCGGUCAGUCGACCACGCGCUCGGCAGCCAACUCAACACGGUCGUGAUGACGGCGCGAGAGUGCACGCGGGCGCUGUCAGACAUCCGGUCGGAGCGCGAGCCUGGCGUGCGCUCGUGGCUCAUGGGCGCGUGGGACGCGGCGCACGUGGAGGUGAUCGUGGCUGCGUUGAGGGUGGCGUCGCUCUGGGCGUCUCUGCGGCGGUCGCUGAUGUCAUCUGGGGCCGGCGGGCGCCGCGGCGGCGGGGAUGGCGGCGGCGGCGAGGAGGGGGAGGCCGGCGGCGAGGGCGCGCUGCCGCCGCUGCAGCAGCUGCCGGCUGAGUUCGUUGCGGCGACGUCCGGCGCAGCGGGGGCGGGGGCGGGCGUGGCGCAGGCGGCCUGA